AUGGCAGUCCUGAAGGGCGACCUGGCAACCAACGCGCACGCGCGUCAGGCUGCCCUGCACCCGGGAUUCGUCCAGGCCGUGAUCGCGCAUGGCACAAAACACCCAGGCAACGACGCCUCGCGCGCGGCAGCAGGCUCCGUCCUGGCCCUGCUCGCCCACACGUGCGAUGAGGCGCGCCGCUUGGUGGCGGCGCAGGGUGACGUCACCGUCGAUCUGAUGCUGAGCAGUCUGCGGGAAGUAUGCGACACGAUCUGCACCGCCGACGGCGGCGGCAUCCGCGGAACCCUGCAGCUCCGCACGCUUUCUGUUCUCCUUGCCGUCAAGGAGCAGGGCGGCGCGCCGGCCGAGCGCGCGAUGCGCGACCCGCACGCGCUCCUUGUCGCCGUGCAGCUGUGCGGCCCCAGAUUUGCCGACGCCGACGGGGGCCGCGGGCCGGCCCUGCGGUAUCUCCUGGACGCGUUCACGCCGCCCCGGGGCGACCUGUCAUGCGCGGCAUGGCUUGACCUGCCCGCCCGCCAGCCGCCCGUGGCCGAGGCCCCCCUGCUGAUGCACCUGGUCCCGCACUUUGCCGGCCUGCUGCUCGCGCCGGACGUGCCCGGUGACGCGCGGGUGGGGCUGGUGAUGCUUGCCUACCGCCUGCUGCGCACACCUGGCCUGAGCCCCGUCAUAACAGCACACCUGGCUGCCGACGGCGCCGUGCCGGCGCUGUGCCGGCUGGCACUGCAGCAGCUGCGGCUCGCGCGCUGCGACCCUGCAUCGGCGCGCGACCUCGAACUCACUGCCAGGCUGCUUAGGCAGGCGGCCUGGUUCCCGCUGCUGACCGAGCACCUUGCGCAGCACGCGCUGCCGGCGCUGCUGGCGGUGCUGCGCGACGCGCCUGUCGCAGGCGGGGCCGAGGCCGGGGCCGAGCGCGGGCCGCAGCUCGCGGCGCAGGCGCUCCUCGUUAUUCUGCGCGCCAACCAAGGGGAGCACGGCCCUGGCCCAGAGUUCGUGAGGCUGGCUGUGACUUCUCCGGCGACGCUCGAUGCGGUCGCUCGCUUGCUGGAGGGCGCGGCGGCCGCCUGGCGCACGGCUGGGGUCCCCUGGGCGGACAUGCGCAUCGCCGCGGGCCUUGCUGUCAAGCUGGCGGAAGAGGCGCAGCCCGGCGACCAGUGGCGCCGCGCCGUCGGCGGCCUCUUGCCCGCCGCUGCGCGCUCGCUGCAGCACGUGGCCGACGGCGUCAUGAGCGCCACGCGUGGCGGCACGGGCGCUGGCGACGCGCGCGGCGAGCUGCGAACGGCGUGCUUGACGCUCCUUCUCCUCGUGGCAGACCUGACGCAGACGCUGGUGCCGGUUGGCAUGCCGGGCACGCCUGAGGACCCGGGGCCGAUGGCCGUGGCCCUUGAAGCAGCCCCAGCGCUGCUUGACACCCUGGGGUCGCUGAUUGCCUCUGAGUGGUGGACAGCGGAGGUUUCUUGA